AUGUGGGCAUCCGGCGCCUGCAUCGGACCCUCUUUGCAAGAGAAAAUCCCGGCCGUGCCGCACACCUCCGAGCUUGCGUUCUACGAUUCUGUCUGCUCCUCCGCCGCGCUUCCAAAUCUCGCGAAUUUUACUGUGCGCACCAGGGAUCGAGCCCCCGGCAAAUUGCGCGGCAAGCACGAUGACGCCGCUCCGCGUUGCAUGCUGUCUGCCCUGGCGUGCUGCAGCACGUCCCUGCGUGUAGUGGGGUGGGACACCGACGUGGGUUCCUCGCCCAGCCCGGAAGACUUCCGUUCAAUCCUCAACCAAUCACCCUGCUUGCAGGUCAUCAACGCAGGCGAACUGCCGCCCGUCCCGCCUCUCGUUCUCCCGAACCUUUCUUUCCUCUCGCACGACUUUUCCUCGCUGUAUUCUCCGUUUCUCCCCGGUAUCGACCGCUUCGAGGCUCUGCGGGAGCUGGUUCUCUCCGUCCCGCCGAAGUCCUGGCAAUGCUCACCUCUCAGCUCACGCACCUCACUCUCCGCAAGCCCCCCCCCACCUGACGCAUGCUCAGUUCUCAGUUCAGGACCUCGUCGACGCAAUGCCCAACCUCAGGUAACUCAUCAUCUGGUACAUCUAUUCCCAUCGGGCUUGUCGCUGCCCAACAUCGAGCGUCUUGGUCUGGGGUGCCAUGGCUGGCACUGGAGAAAGGACAUUCGCGAGCCCAUUUAUCACGCCUUCCUGGGUAACCUAUCGUCUAUGCACGCGCCCAAACUGGCUGUGGUGUGCUUCGACCAGGAAGAAUGGCAUGCCGAAUGGUCGACAUUGCGCGUGCCGCAACCAGAUAUGUGGGCUAUGUUCCGGGAGUUGGCGAGGCGCAGGGGUUUCCGGUUCGAAGAUAGCUUUGGUGAAGUCAUGCAUUAA